AUGAACGACCCCAGAGAUGAACAAAUUGACUCCGAUGAUGUAUUAACAGAAGAUUCAUCUGAUGAAUUGAAGGACUUGGUGCAGGAGUUUGAAUUGAAAUAUGCAGAAUUAAAGAAGAACAAAGCCUUGAAAAAACGUCGUUCACAGUCACCACUGGAAGACAUGCUGAAUAAACAGAAACCCCAUCAACCGGAGGUCCCCAGAACCCCAGAAAAAGCUAAAGUCCAUUUGGAUAAGGUAGUAGAAGAACCAAAGCAAAGAAUUUUUACCAAGAAGGAGCCUCGGGAUUCCAAGAUAAAAGAAUCAAACUUCUUAAACAAACUCUACGAGACAAGUAAUAAGCAUGAUAAAGAAGAUGCCCAUAAAAUAGAUUUCAGUAAAAGAAGGUUUGAGUUUCAAUUGGAUAAGUAUACUUUUACGCCAAAAGACGUUGUUGAUGAUUUAGAACCGAUAUCCAAGCUUUACUUGCGCAGAAGAUACCUUGCCCAACUGCAAAUUGCCGACAUUAUUGCCGAAACUGAUAGCAACAUGAAAUUCCUUAAAAUUGACAAGUUUUUAGCGAAAACCCAUAAAUCAAACAACUAUGCUGAACCCAAGUAUUGUAAUUGGUGUCUUGUUGCCUUUGUGGUGCGCAAGGACCCAGUGCAGGUUGCUGCCAACAACUCUAAAUACAUCAAGUUGAAGGUUGGAAAUUUUAUGAAUUCUGUAGACUUGAUGCUUUUUGAUAAGGCUUUUCAGAAAAACGGGAAAAUCCAACCGGGUGAUUUAUUAUUCAUUUUGAAUCCAUUGAUCAACAAGUAUGAAAUACAAGUUGGCAAGGGCCAGUUUCAGUCUGGGUUCAAUUUGAAAGUAGAAAACACCAAUGUGUCAAGUAUUUUAGAGAUAGGAUCGUUAAGAGAUUUUGGGUUUUGCAAGUUUACUAGAAAGCUAGAUAAUAGCAGAUGCAAAAGGGCCAUCAACACAAGGACGCAAGAAUUCUGCGAUAUACAUUUGGAUAUGAAGUUUAAGUCUAGUACAAGAAUGGAAUUAAAUGGAAGUGUUUCGAUUAGAUCCCCGCAAAAAAACAAGAAAAAGAUGUACAUGAAUAAAAAUGGGUCUGGCUUUAUUAAGCAAUAUAACGAGGAGAGUACUGUUAUAGGAACAAGCUACGGUUCUCCUCUUGAUCCAAAAAGGUACCAAGACCCGAAAGUACUCCAGAACCAAAUCAAGCGGCGCAAACUAAUAGACGACAAGGCAAAGGAGAUGCUUGAACAAAAGCUAUCGAAACUAGGUUCGGCUUCAUUAUUGAACAAUUUACAAUUAUCUAAGAAAGAAGCAACAGAUAAACUUGCGAGUGAUCGUCUGAAGAGCAAAGGAUUCACCAACACAAUGAUUUCACAUAUUGGGUUUGAUCCAACAGGUACAUCUUUGAACCAAAAUAGUACCCUGCUUGGCAGCAAGCUGAUGGAAAAAUCUCGAGCACGGGAAUUGCAUGAUUUGAGUGUUGAAACAUCUGGUCAUAAGUCGUUGUCUUCGUCUAAACAAGAUCGCCAGUCGAAAGUUGCAAAAUGGAACACGAAUAUCAGAACUUUACAAAAUUACGAUCGACGAGUUGCCAGCCACUCCUUGAGUACCUCUCGUCGGUUACAGAAUCUUGUAGGAAAGCAAACACACGCUACACUAGUAGAUAAAAGGAAAAGAGUGGUUGUCUCAGAUGAUGAACAACCGGGGAUGGAAGAAGAUGAAGAAGACAUUGAAAUCCAGUUUGACGACGAAAAGUCUAAGAUGUCCUACAUGAAAAUGACUGGAGCCAGGUAA